AUGGCUCGCGUAUCCGCACGCGAUGGCGCGUCCAAGCCCUUCGCCUGGACCACCAUCUUCUACCUUCUCUUCGUCCUCGUCGCGCCCCUGGCCUUCUUUGGAAACACUGCUCACGCCCAGGAGGAGAACUCCCCUGAGAGCUACGGCAACGUUAUUGGUAUCGAUUUGGGAACCACCUACUCUUGUGUUGGUGUGAUGCAGAAUGGCAAGGUCGAGAUUCUCGUCAACGACCAAGGAAACCGUAUCACCCCGUCUUACGUUGCUUUCACCGAUGAGGAGCGCCUUGUCGGUGAUGCCGCCAAGAAUCAAUAUGCCGCUAACCCCGAGCGCACCGUUUUCGACAUCAAGCGUAUGAUCGGUCGCAAGUUUGACGACAAGGAUAUUCAGAAGGAUGUUAAGAACUACCCCUUCAAGGUCGUCAAGAAGGAUGGCAAGCCUCAAGUUAAGGUCGACGUCAACCAGGCCGCUAAGACUUUCACACCGGAGGAGAUCUCCGCUAUGAUCCUUGGCAAGAUGAAGGACAUCGCCGAGGGAUACCUUGGAAAGUCCGUCACCCACGCGGUUGUUACUGUCCCCGCUUACUUCAACGACGCCCAGCGUCAGGCCACUAAGGAUGCCGGUACUAUUGCCGGUCUUAACGUCCUGCGUGUUGUCAACGAGCCCACCGCCGCCGCUAUCGCCUACGGUCUUGACAAGACCGGUGACGAGCGCCAGGUCAUUGUCUACGAUCUUGGUGGUGGUACCUUCGAUGUUUCCCUUCUGUCUAUCGACAACGGCGUCUUCGAGGUUCUGGCUACCGCUGGUGACACUCACCUUGGUGGUGAGGAUUUCGAUCACCGCGUUAUGGAGUACUUCGUCAAGCAGUACAACAAGAAGAACAACACCGAUGUUAAGAAGGACCUUAAGGCUAUGGGUAAGCUCAAGCGUGAGGUUGAGAAGGCCAAGCGCACUCUGUCUUCCCAGAUGUCUACCCGCAUUGAGAUCGAGGCCUUCCACAAUGGCCAGGACUUCUCCGAGACUCUGACCCGCGCCAAAUUCGAGGAGCUCAAUGUCGACCUGUUUAAGAAGACCCUUAAGCCUGUCGAGCAGGUUCUGAAGGACGCUAAGAUCAAGAAAUCUGAGGUUGACGACAUCGUUCUUGUUGGUGGUUCUACCCGUAUUCCCAAGGUCCAGGCCCUUCUCGAAGAGUUCUUCUCCGGCAAGAAGGCCAGCAAGGGUAUCAACCCCGAUGAGGCCGUCGCAUUCGGUGCCGCCGUUCAGGGUGGUAUCCUCUCUGGUGAUGACUCUAUGGCCGAUGUCGUUCUCAUGGAUGUCAACCCCCUCACUCUCGGUAUCGAGACUACUGGCGGUGUGAUGACCAAGCUUAUUCCCCGCAACACUGUCAUCCCUACCCGCAAGUCGCAGAUCUUCUCGACUGCCGCCGACAACCAGCCCACCGUUCUGAUCCAGGUGUUCGAGGGUGAGCGCUCGAUGACCAAGGACAACAACAUGCUCGGCAAGUUCGAGCUGACCAACAUCCCCCCGCGCCCCGCGGUUAGCGCCUCCGACAAGGGAACUGGCCAGGCUGAGUCCAUCACUAUUACCAACGACAAGGGCCGCCUCACCCCCGAGGAGAUCGAGCGCAUGGUCCAGGAGGCCGAGGAGUUCGCCGAGGAGGACAAGGCCAUGAAGGGCAAGAUUGAGGCCCGUAACGGUCUCGAGAACUACGCCUUCAGCCUGAAGAACCAGGUCAACGAUGAGAACGGUCUUGGUGGCCAGAUCGAUGAGGAUGACAAGCAGUCCAUUCUCGACGCCGUCAAGGAGGUCAGCGACUGGCUUGAGGACAACGCUGCCACUGCCACCACCGAGGAUUUCGAGGAGCAGAAGGAGCAGCUCUCCAGCGUUGCUUACCCCAUCACCAGCAAGCUCUACGGCUCUGCUUCUCCUCCUGAGGAUGAUGACGAGCCCCUUGACCACGACGAACUGUAA